AUCCACUUGAUCCAUCCAACUACCAAGUCUCUCAUUCAUUUCAACUCCAUCACUUCAAAAUGCACUUCUUCUCCAUCUUUCUAUCCAUCCUACCUCUGGCCUACGCCAACCCCAUCCCAUCUCGCUGCCUCGAGCUCCAGCAACUCGACGAAACCCUCACUUCUCUCGCCGAUAUCGACCAAACCACCAUGACGGAGAACGGAGUGAAGAAGCUCGGAGAGCUCCUGGUCGCUCAGCCUGCGGUACGCAGAGAGCUGGAAAAAUGCUUCACCGAAAACCGCCGUCGAGAUCUUGAUGAUGCUCUUAAUGGAUUGGGGCAAUCAAUUCAGGGUCUCAUGGGACAGGAAGCAGAGAAUAUUGAUGUUGCCAUCGACCAGACCUAUUUCAUCGGCAAUUAUGGGGACUACAAUCGCCAGGACGGUGGCGAGGAUCAAGUAGAUAGCAACUAAGACAUCAUUAGCUAUGAAGUGGGAUCGGGGUUAUACCGCGGAUUGUUAUCUUUGGUUUCCUGGGUCGCAAGCUAAUCUUGGGGCGCUCUUGAAUAAUAUGUUACCCUGCGAUUGGAUUUUGGCGCAUUAUGGCGCAGACGGGGC